AUUUCUUCACUGCCCGCUACCCUUCCUAUUGAUUAACCUUAUUCCCCAUCGGAUAACCCUUCGUGUCUCUCUUAUCACUUGCUGACUCGUCUAUUGAUAGGGGGUAUCGAGCUGGUCUCGCCCAUCCUGGUCGCCCACCCUGGUGGCGCAGUCCGGCGUGAAUCUGUGGUUCAGAUGCGGCUGUUCUCGGGCGACGAAAUCGGGAUCGAAUUUCGACGGAUUCGAACACCAUUGAGCACACGCACACUGUCCAGAGCACACAUGGACGACAACGAAAAGGGAAGCACCAAACUCGGCAGGGCACUAGAGCGCUAACAGUUGUUCGAAUUCCGAACAGCAUGCCAUGUUUUCUACACUCCCACUAGGAAAAGACCAGCCAGCUGAAAUCUCCCUCCCACCGAUUCCCAUUGGAUCACAGGGCACACUUCAAGCUCGUUAAUUAACCCCCUUCACCGGUUCAUGUUGUUGGCAAUGUCAGCCGGGCUAUCACCCUUCUUGCGCUUGGCUACGGGGUCGGCGCGCUUGAGCUUGGGCAACAUGUCGGUGCCGCCGGUAGGCGAGUCUGUGCUGCUGGCUGCAUUGAUGCCCUUCAUCAUGUUGUUCGCGAUGGUUGCAGGACUGUCGGCCUCGCUGCACCGCGCGAUGGGCUGGGCGCGCCUGGGCUUCGGCAUGGCGCCGGUGUGGGUGUCGGCCACUUGGAGAGUCUGUUGUGCGAGUUGCUGGACUACGCUUGUGUCGAGCUUCGGCAGAGUCUGCGUCGGGUUUCCGUUUGCCGGUUUGGAAGGCAUUGUGCGAUGGGUGGGCUGUCUGGAAGACGGAUAGCGUUCUAUA